CGUCUUCUUCAGUUACGUAAACAAACCAUCAAUGGCGAUGGAGUCGUCCCCGAGCUCUGUUCGGAAAGUUGUUGUUCAUCUAAGAGCUACUGGAGGUGCUCCUAUACUUAAACAAUCUAAGUUCAAGAUUCCGGGGACUGAUAAAUUUGCUAAAGUGAUUGACUUUCUAAGAAGACAGCUUCAUUCUGACUCAUUGUUUGUCUAUGUGAAUAGUGCUUUCUCGCCAAACCCUGAUGAAUCAGUCAUUGAUCUUUAUAAUAACUUUGGAUUUGAUGGUAAACUGGUGGUUAACUAUGCUUGUUCCAUGGCAUGGGGCUAAUUAAAACUGAAGACUACGGAAUUCUCAAACUGUGUAAGCACAUUCUUUUUUCUGUUAUUCUCUUUCUUCUCUGGUUAAGAUAAUCUACAAAACUUUGAUGUGAUGUGUUCUCUCCCAUUGAACUUCAACUUAGCUUUCUGGUUUCUUCAAUUGUUUAAGUUUAAACAAUAUCCAAGUCAUAACUGAUGAUGAGUGAAAGGACAUGGUAUAUGAGCAUCAUCAUUAAGUCGAUUAUAUAUCUUGAGCUUUAUUGUUUCAGGGUCGCGCUAGAUACUCGCUUUGUUGGAAAAAUGACACUUUCAGAUGAAAGUUGAUGUGCAUAAUCAAGCAAUGGAAAUGAU